AUGCAUAGAUCUCAGUAUAAGUCAUUGAAUAAUCUAAAACGACGAAACGAUAUUGUAAUAAAACAAGCGGACAAAGGUCAAGGCACUGUUGUAAUGUCAAGAGAAGUGUAUGAAGCUAAAACAUAUGCAUUAUUAGAAGAUAAAAAGAGCUAUGAGGACCUUUCUGAGAAUCCAAUGUGGACAACAUACGAAACUGUCCGGGAUGAAAUUAAAGAUUUGAUAAAAACAGGGAAUAUCCCAAAAGAAUAUGUUUCAAGAAUCCGAUUGAGGGGCACACCGAAACUAUCAAGGUUUUACAUUUUACCUAAGGUACAUAAAAAGCUAUGUCCAGGAAGACCAAUUGUUUCAGGGAUCGGUCACUCGACGGAAAAACCGUCGAAAUUCCUGGAUUUAGUAUUGAAACCACUUGUUCAAAAAUCAUCGAAAAUCAUCAGAGAAAAGUUCCAUAUCUCAUUUUAUCUUUUUCUUGAUAGUACAACACGCUUGAUCAAUGAGAUUAUUGAAUUAAAUAAGGAGAUAAAGGGAAAAUCAUAUGACUUAAAACAAAUAUAUAUUGCCACAACGGACGAAUAUCCCAAUUAUGAAGGGUGCAGCAAAAGUAGCUAA